CAGGUGUUAUACAGUUGUUGGCUCUCAUCCUUUAUUUGGUUGACCUCUUUUCACACUGUGUUUUUCUCACUGCACUUUGACUCAAACUGAUCCUCUCGUUACUACUACAUUCCUUUAUGUUAGUGUCAACACCAUCGAUACAACUUUUCUACAUACGUUUUCUACAUGCUGACAUUUUCCUUUCUUAUUUUCAUGCUUGAUUCAUAGUUGUUCUGGUGGUUUAAGUGGUUUCUCUGUGUGCUUCCUCUUCACUUCAUUUGCUGCUUUAGGUUUUCAGCAGGAUUUCACACGAACCUUCUUAGAUAACUCAACUCUCACAAACUAGCGUGUAACACAGACCUUUCACACACCAAUAUUUUCAGUGAUGUAGGUGAGAAACUCUCUUGUACUUUUCUCUGGAACUUUUAAAAGGUCUUUGCAUUUUGGGUGAACUACUUCACAAGGAAAAUGGACUACUUACUCAACAGGAGUUUUCUGCUGUUGCUCACAGUGGCAGCCGUAAUUAACGACAGAGAUCCGGGGACACUUAUUGAACCUAAGGUUCCCACGAUGGUUACUGCCUGUUUAGGAUCAAACACAACCAUCAACUGUACUUUUUUCACAGACGUUAAUGGACUCAAAGUAAAAUGGUAUUUUAGCAAAACCUCUGACUUUAAGGACCAGAAAAAGAUAGAAAUCCACUCAUCAAAUGGCUCCAAUGUGAGUCGUUACCAUGAAGCCAGAGAAAGGACUGCUUCAUAUUUGACGAUUAGAAAUGUUACGUUCAGUGACAUGGGAUGGUAUUUUUGUAGUGUCACACAGGAUAUUCCUCGACUCAUCAAUGAACACAGCAAUGGAUCUAAACUGGUGAUCUAUUCACCCACAGAGAGUAAUUUGGAGUUCAAUACAACAACUUGUGGUAUGUUUUUGCAUCAGAGCCCAAGUCCAACAUCCAAAAUUGAUUCACCCCCAGUCAGUAAACGGGGCUGCAAUACAACAAUUUGUGCCCCUGAAACUCUAAAACCUUCCCCUUGGUGGCUGUGGGUAGCUUUGGCAUCAGGUGGGGUUUUGAUUAUAACAACUGUGAUCAUCACAACGGUCAUACGUAUAAGGAAAAAAGAGUCUCCUAUUUAUGAGAACACCAAAGAAGCCUCGAAGAGACGCUGGAAAGAAGAUCAGUCCCUUCAUCUCUGCAUACCAUCAAAAGGAUAUACAAAUAAACAAACGGAUACUUUGAAACCACAUAAAUAUGAAUCUUGUCCGAAAGGUAGACAACCGAGCCCAAAAUGUAGAUGAUGGAUCUGGAUUAUAAAUCUGAUUAGUCCAGCUUUAUUUUGUCAAUCAGCCUUUCAGUUGUAAUUCUGUUGGUGGGGUGAGGAUCAUUGUACAGUUACAUGAACCACUAUAAGAGAUGACCUCAUGUUUGCCUCCAGAAUGAUUUGGCAUAAUGAGGAGCUCCAUUUCUCCAAAAAAAAAAAACAUUCUUCCAGAAGAUCCAAACUUGGUCAUUUUUUCAGUAAUUUAAGUCAUUUGGUAGAACAUUUAAUAUUUUAACCUGUCCUGCAGAUCUCUAGAUGUAACUCUUGGGUUUUUUGCAAUGUUUCUGAUCAAACAUUUUCGGACAUUGGGGUGAAUUUGCUGGACCAUACAUCUGGAAGACUGGUGGAAGACUUGAAUGACCUCCUUAAUUAUCCGUCUCACUGUCUGAUGAUGGGUUUGAAUGACCCUUAGGUCUUAUGAGGAAACAAAUGAGAUAUGGUGUUGAUAUACUUUUCUAAAAGUGGCCACAAUUAUCCAAUUAUCAGCAGUUCAGAUGCAUUAGAUUAGCUUAGCUAGCUUCUGGCUGCAAAUGACUGUUAAUUGCCAUGAAAGCUGUAAGAGUAAAUGAUAUGGUCUGAUAUUUUUAUUUUUAAGUAUAUAAUGACAGUGGAUUGAGGUGUUUAUCAGCUGAUGUUAGAUUUAUUCAUUUUUAGGACCUGAUGAUGUUUUCUCAUGUUUGAAUACAUAAAACCAUUGAGUAAAAAAAAAAAGGGGUAAAAAGGAUGUACUUACUUUUUAUCAUCACUGAAAAUGCAUGAAAAAAACAAUACAUAUUCAACACGUACACAAUACUGUAUAUUAUUCCAUAUUUGUGUAAUGAUCAGCCAUAAAAAAUAAACAUUUAUUAUUAUAUUGUGAAUAA